AUGGCAAAGGAUUCCGCAAUUGAAGAAACCAAGCAAACUUUGGUGCAGCGCUUCAGAGCAUGGGGUGAAAACUCAUUCCCGCCGACCCUGCUCGCGUCUCUUAUCUUUGCGCAACAUGCACGUCCCUUCCAGUUCUUCCCGAUGCUGUUCCCUCCAAUCCUGCUUUUCACCAGCUACGCCAAUCUUCAAGGUUUCAAGACCGAGACUGCCGGUAUUAGCGCCGCCUGGUCUGGACUUUACCUACUCCUUGCAGGUCGCCGUCGUCAUCCAUUCAUGAAGAAGUUCGGCGCUCGAGGUAUUGUGCGCGGCGCGACGAUGGGUCUCUGUCUGGUCAACAUGGUUGGCGGUGGACUGGCCUAUACUCUGGGCAAGCGGGAGGAGGAAGAGGCCAAGUCUGAGAACUGA